AUGAGCUUGGGCAAGACUGCCCGCUACAACCGCUUCUCCGGGGGGCCUGCCAACCUUCCCACCCCAGACGUUGCCACCGGGACCAGGAUGGAAACGACCUUUGGGCCUGCCUUUUCGGCUGUCACCACCAUCACGAAAGGUGACGGCGCCAGCACGUACAAGCAGCACCGCAGGACUCCCUCCUCCUCCAGCACCCUCGCCUACUCCCCGCGGGAUGAGGAGGACAGCAUGCCUCCCAUCAGCACUCCGCGCCGCUCUGAUUCGGCCAUCUCCGUGCGCUCACUGCACUCCGAGUCCAGCAUGUCCCUGCGCUCCACGUUCUCGCUGCCCGAGGAGGAGGAGGAGCCGGAACCGCUGGUAUUUGCGGAGCAGCCUUCGGUGAAGCUGUGCUGUCAGCUGUGCUGCUCUGUUUUCAAAGAUCCGGUGAUCACCACGUGCGGGCAUACUUUCUGUAGAAGAUGCGCCCUGAAGUCAGAGAAGUGUCCCGUGGACAACGCCAAGCUGACGGUGGUCGUGAGCAACAUCGCGGUAGCUGAGCAGAUCGGGGAGCUGUUCAUCCACUGCCGGCACGGCUGCCGGGCCGUGGGUGGUGGGAAGGCCAGUGCCUUUGAGGUGGACCCCCGCGGCUGCCCUUUCACAGUCAAGCUCAGCGCCCGCAAGGACCACGAGGGCAGCUGUGACUACCGGCCCGUGCGCUGCCCGAACAACCCCAACUGUCCCCCACUCCUCAAGAUGAACCUGGAGGCCCACCUCAAGGAAUGUGAACACAUUAAGUGCUCCCAUUCCAAGUACGGGUGCACGUUCAUCGGGAACCAGGACACGUACGAGACGCACCUGGAGACAUGCCGCUUCGAGGGUCUGAAGGAGUUCCUGCAGCAGACCGACGACCGCUUCCACGAGAUGCAGGUGGCGCUGGCCCAGAAGGACCAGGAGAUCGCCUUCCUGCGGUCCAUGCUGGGCAGGCUCUCCGAGAAGGUCGACCAGCUGGAGAAGAGCCUGGAACUCAAGUUCGACGUGCUGGACGAGAACCAGAGCAAGCUUAGCGAGGAUCUCAUGGAGUUCCGCAGAGACGCUUCCAUGCUGAACGAUGAGCUCUCCCACAUCAAUGCUCGGCUGAACAUGGGGAUUCUGGGAUCCUACGACCCUCAGCAGAUCUUCAAGUGCAAGGGGACCUUUGUGGGGCACCAGGGACCUGUGUGGUGCCUCUGCGUUUACUCCAUGGGUGACCUGCUCUUCAGUGGCUCCUCCGACAAGACCAUCAAGGUGUGGGACACGUGUACCACCUACAAGUGUCAGAAGACGUUGGAGGGCCAUGACGGCAUCGUGCUAGCACUCUGCAUCCAGGGGUGUAAGCUGUACAGUGGCUCUGCGGACUGCACCAUCAUUGUGUGGGACAUCCAGAACCUGCAGAAGGUGAACACGAUCCGGGCCCACGACAACCCGGUGUGCACGCUGGUCUCCUCACACAACAUGCUCUUCAGCGGCUCCCUGAAGGCCAUCAAGGUCUGGGACAUCGUAGGCACCGAGCUGAGGCUGAAGAAGGAGCUCACGGGCCUGAAUCACUGGGUGCGGGCUCUGGUGGCCGCCCAGAGCUACCUGUACAGUGGCUCCUACCAGACAAUCAAGAUCUGGGACAUCAGGACGCUGGACUGCAUCCACGUGCUGCAGACAUCAGGCGGCAGCGUUUACUCCAUCGCCGUGACCAGCCACCACAUCGUCUGCGGCACCUACGAGAACCUCAUCCACGUGUGGGACAUCGAAUCCAAGGAGCAGGUGCGGACCCUGACAGGCCACGUGGGCACUGUGUAUGCCCUGGCGGUCAUCUCAACGCCAGACCAGACCAAAGUCUUCAGCGCAUCCUACGACCGGUCCCUCAGGGUCUGGAGCAUGGACAACAUGAUCUGCACACAGACCCUGCUGCGGCACCAGGGCAGCGUGACCGCGCUGGCUGUGUCCCGGGGCCGGCUUUUCUCGGGUGCUGUGGACAGCACAGUCAAGGGCCAGCACGGGGGUCCUGGGAAACAGACACGCACGCACACGCAGCCGCAUGCACGCCUCCGCGCCCACGCCACGCUCACUCACCACGCAUGCCCACGCACGCCCUCAACCACGCCCCCAGGACUCGGCCACACCCACGAGGAGGGAGCCCCGCCCCCGUCCCCCGUGGGCCUGGAAGAGGACACAGCCACCAGCGAGCAAGGCACAUCCUUCGAUUUCUUCGGACGCAGAGAAGUGAGGACGGGGUGCAGAGGGGCCCUGGCAGAGCACCGACCCGCUCCCUCGGCCCAGCCCCCUGUUUGUGCUGCGGGGCAGGGGCCGGGCCCCUCCUGGACAGAGGGAGGGAGCGAAGGGCGGACAGAGGGCCUGCGCCUCUGA